GUCUUUUAAUCUAACAAAUUCAGCCAUGCAAAAUCCAACCUGGACCGCUCCCCUAGACAUUUCUGUUAAUUACCGGGUCAAAUCACCCUCCGUUCCCAAAGAAAACAACAGCAACAGAUUAAGCCUAACGUACAUCCCGGCAUCCUCUCCUCUCCUCUCCUCUCCCAUGCUUCCAUGGCCAGCAUUCCUCGCAUCUUCCUCCUACUCUUCUUCCUCCAUCCACCCCUCUCCUCCUCCCUCUCCGACCUCGAUGCCCUCCUCCUGCUCAAAACCUCUUUCCUCAACCCUAACCCCGCCCUCUCCUCCUGGUCCCACUCCACCGUCGCAGCCUCCCGCGACGAAUCUCCCCCCUCCCCCUGCACAGCCUCCUGGAUCGGCGUCUUGUGCUUCGGUGGAAUCAUCACAGGUCUCCGCCUCGGAGGUCUCGGCCUCCAAGGCACCAUCAAUGUCGAAGCUCUCUCCCACUUCCGUUCCCUCCGCACCGUCAGUUUCAUCAACAACAACUUGUCCGGACCAUUGCCGAAUAUCGGCCGCCUCGACGCCCUUAAAUCGGUCUAUCUUUCAAAUAACCGUUUCUCUGGUCCGAUCAACGAUUCUCUGUUCUUAUCGAUGGAUCACCUCAAGAAGCUAUGGCUGGAUGGAAAUGAUCUUUCUGGGAAGAUUCCGUCGUCUCUCUCCAAGGUUUCCAAGCUCAUGGAGCUGCAUUUGGAAGGGAAUGGUUUCACCGGCCCCAUACCUGCGCUGCAGCUUCCGUCUCUCAGCUCCUUUAAUGUCUCCAAUAAUGAUUUGCAGGGACCUAUUCCCACCUCGCUGUCCCGCUUCGGCUCCAGUGCUUUUGCCGGCAACCCAAGGCUCUGUGGACCACCACUCACCAGACAUCCUUGUCCCCUUGCAACAACACGAGUAGAAGCAAUCGGACCACCAACUCCAGCGAUUUCAAACAGCUCCAACUCCGGCCAACUCGUUCUCCUCAUCCUCGGCAUUGUCCUCGUCUUCCUCGCUCUGGUCAUCGGCUACGCUGCCGUCAAAACGCGCAGCCGAGAAAAAUACGGCGAUUCGUUCAUGGACCACCCAGACACAGCAUCCGUUAAUGAAGCCAUGGAAGCAGCAGCCUCUGCUUCCCCGGUGCAGUUACCCACCACUGUCAGUUCUCGGCGAAGUAGGAAGCGCGGCGGUUCAAACAAGGGAAAUGGCGGCAGCUCGAGCAGGCAGGAGAGUGGUGGCAGCUCGAGCAGGCAGGAGAGUGGCGGCAGCUCGGCGUUGGUGAUGGUGAAUGAAGAAAAGGGUGUUUUUGGGUUGCCGGAUUUGAUGAUGGCGGCAGCGGAGGUGGUUGGGAACGGAGGGCUGGGUUCUGUGUAUAAGGCAGCGAUGGCGAAUGGGGUGGAGGUUGCGGUGAAGAGGAUGAGGGAUCUGAACAGGUUGAACAAGGAUGGAUUUGAUAUGGAGAUGAGGAGAUUAGGGAAGUUGCGGCAUCCAAAUUUAUUGCCGCCGCUUGCCUACCAUUUUCGGAAGGAUGAGAAGCUGGUGGUCUCUGAGUAUAUUGCAAAGGGAAGCCUUCUAUAUGUCCUCCAUG